CUUGCCUCUGUUUCGCUCUUUAUCUCUAGCUUUUUGUUUUGAUGAGAGAUUAGCCUAGCACAUUCAAUAUAUCAGCAAUGGAUGGGUUCAUGGAUAUAUGUCUGAGGUCUCCAAGAAAGAGGAGUUGUUCGCAAGAAACGGCAGCAACAGGUCUGUGAAGAUGGCACGAUAAUGACGGUAACAUGCAGGCAUAUAAACGCCUGACCCUAUCAGAGGAGAGAUGAGGCACCUAGAUGUUGGUUUACCAUGUGUAGCGUCCACUACAACCACUCCCUUGCUGCCAUGAGCGGAAACGACAUGAUGGCGCACUCUUUGACCCUGGAGCAGAAGACAGCAUUUGCCUUCGUGGGGAUGUUACUGGUGUUCCUGGGACUGCUGAUAGUUCGGUGUUUCAGGAUCCUGCUGGACCCCUACAGCAGCAUGCCUUCUUCCAACUGGGCUGAUGGCAUCGAGGGGCUGGAGAAAGGGACGUUUGAGUACGCCCUUACUUAACACAGGGACACACACAUCCAUAGAUGCAAACAGAAAUGCCUAUAGAUACACACAUGCAUUCACGUGAACACUAACACACUUGCACACAUGCACACACAUGCAAACAGACACAGGCCACAGCCCUGCACAACCCUUGCACCUGACACUGACACAUCAUUAAGACAUCUCUCUGUGACGGACCGAACUAAGACACUGAAGCUGUGUAUGUCGUUCAAUGUCUUUGCACUGUUAGUUCAGAGCCAGUGUAGAACCUCUCUACUGUAUGUGACUAUAUGUCUGUUGUUGUGUGC